UCGGUCAACUAAUUACCAAUUUUCGUACAAGAAGCAAUGGUGUCCUACAAAAUGAAUAUGUUACUCAGGAUUUUUUCGGGAUUUCUGUUAUGAUUGGACAACGGAGGUGGGGGUAAAGUAAACUACAAGUUUAUAGUGUUUUCGAAUAAUUGACUCGCGUGUGUUAAUUUGUCAGAAUGGGUGAAAGAACGGAACGUACCGGCACACAAGUUGUGCAUGUCCGUGAGAACAGUGAUCACGAGAUGGAGGCUAUGUUUAAAGCAGCUCUUAAUCCUAAACCAGGAGUAGCAGGCAUUCCAUUAAGACAGAGAAACUUACCUCCAUCAUUUUUCACCCCUCCCGAUCCAAAUAAACAAAUAAAUCAUAGUCGGGAAGGUAGUACAGACUCAACUGGGUACUCGAACCCAGGUCAUAGUGUUCUUACCAGUGCAGGUCCAACCGUGAUUCAUGGUCGCACGCAGUCUUCGCCUGCAAUGUUACAACAAACUCAGUUUAGCACAUUACCCCCACCGCAACACACAAGACAACGCUCAUGUGAUUUAAUUCUUGAAGAGCAACCGUUACCUCCAGGAUGGGAAAUGGCCAAAACUCCACAAGGGCAAAUAUACUUUUUAAACCAUGUUACUCAGCAGACGACGUGGCAGGAUCCACGCAAGCCAAAUUUUAACAUUAACAAGAGUAACGUGCCCCUUGGCCAACAAACUCCCCCAAAUGUGUCACCCAAUGUUUCUCUGCAGAAUCUUCACCAGUUACAAGGCCUUCAAAAUAUGCAGCUACCCGAGGGCUGGGAACAAGCCGUAACACCGGAGGGAGAGAUGUACUUUAUAAACCACAAUGAACGAACUACAAGUUGGUUCGAUCCAAGAUUACCUAUGCAUAUGCAACGAUUGAAUGUGCGACCAGGGUCAGUACAUCCACAGGCUCCGAUGGGGGUAGGGGCGAAUCCUCAACAGAGAGGUAUGCAACCGGUUGCCCAGCAACAAACGGCACUACAGAAAUUACAAGAAGAGAAGGAACAGUUACGCAAGCGACAGGAAGAGCUCAACAGACAGGUAAAACUUGAGCAGGAGAUGGCAUUACGGAAUUCUAAUACAGAGUUAACAACAAUAACAGACCCAUUCUUAGGGCAGUCGAAUGCCACAGAUUUACAUGCUAGACAGGGCAGCACUGAUUCAGGUCUAGGAGGAAUGGGAAGUGGGACCAGUUUUGUACCGAGAACUCCUGAAGAAUUCCUGAGUAACGUUGGCGAAAUGGAUGCGCAAGACGGAGUAGGUCAUCGCCAAGGCGAUUUCAAUAACAUGGACAUGGGAAGUAUAGAUGCAGAACACUCAAACAUGGAUAGUGACGACCUUGUACCAAGCUUACAGGCUGAUGAUAUCAGUAAUGAGCUGCUAAAUGAUGUUCAGACAGUUUUAGAAUCCAACAAAAUGGAUGACAGCCUGCUCACCUGGUUGUGAGGUCAAGGUCAUUUACAUUAUUUGAUUGCCAUGGUAACAUGAUGCUGAACUACAUUUUUUAUAAGGAAAGAAAAUGGUUACCAGGCAUCAUUUGUGAACAGUUGAUGUAUUAUAGCAACAAACGAAUCUGGAAAAUUCAAAAAUGGAAUGUUUUUUAAAAGGCAGAUAAAGCGAAUAGGGAAUGUUUUUGUUCAUAUUGUCACUUUCCAGCCCAUGACAGUCAAAAAACGUCACCUGUACAUGUUUUCAUUUAAGUAAGUUUUUUUACAGAGUUCAUAAUAGACAAACAUUUAUUAUACGGCUAAGAAAAUCAUUCAAAGGUUGCUAUAUGUGAAUGGACAACAUGGUGAAUUUUUUUUUUGAGAAGAAAAAGGGCGAAUCUAGCCAGGAUACAAAAGACUUACUGCAAGAAUUCUUCUGGCUAGAGUUUUUUUUCGCAAGGCAGAAUUGAAGAUAACCUAUCCAUGAGCUCCUCAUAAUAAAAAGUGUGCAUAAGAAAGACUUAGAUGUAAGAAUCACUUUGUAGCCAUAGCAAUGUGGUUGUAUCACAUAUAUUUUUCUUUACAAUUUUUUAUUACAUGUAUCAGGGAAAUAACACUUAUGAUGAUGAUGAUAUAUGUUAAAUAUGUGUGCAUAAGAUUAUAUUUUGUAUUUCAAAAUGCGGAAAAAAAAUUCACAAAAAAAAAAGCGAUAAAAAAUUGUAAUGUUAUAUUAUAAAAUAUGUAACCAUUAGAAUGUGGUUGUUAUUUUUGCAUUAUCAUUAUAACACAUUAAGUAUGUACACAUUUAUUUCAUUAUAUUUUUUUUUGCAUUGAUCAUAAUUAUUACAUCAUUUAUAUCUCACUUGUGAUUUUUUUAUAAGCAUUUUGCCAUUAUUAUAAAAUAUUAUUAUAUACGACUGAAGAGAUCAAUUCAUGUGCUUAAAUUAAUUUCGGAUAUAAAAUCUAAAAUUUGAUGUGUUCUUUUUUUUGUCGCUAGAAAGUGUGAGAAAAUUUGUUUUUCUCACUUCAUUUUAUAGUAUAGAUUUUUGAUUUUAUGUAGAUAUACUCCAGGCAGCUUUCAUAGAAAUUUGGUACAAGCUAUAAAAUAAGACUGAGAAGUACAAUUUCUAAUUAAAUCUUAGUGCUAUGUUUUAAAAGAUUGUGAAAACUUACUAAUGAAGUAAAUUCGAUUCUUAAAAUAAGGCGGGAAUUCCAAGAUCACCAUAAAUUGAUCUCAUCAGUUGUGUAAGAGAUUGUUGAAUUAUUUGUAUAUAAAGAGCAGCUCUUCCCAAAAUGCAUUAAUUAUUUUUAACCUUUUUUGUGUUUUUAUAUAUAUAUAUAUCCCUUUAUAUGAAGUUAAUUCUCUUUACCUUGUCUUUGCAUUGAAGCAUCUGGAGAUAAUAAGAUAUUUAAAGCUUUCUGAGGAGAAUCUAUCUAUGUAUUUUUGUUUUUUGGCAAUAUCUCACUGUUAGUGGAAAUAAAAUUAUUUCCCUUUAAAUAUGCUCUUUUAAAGGGAGAUAAUUAUGUGGGUAGGAGAUGGAAUUUUAACUUCCAGUAUUGAUACUGUUAUACUGUACUUUGAAAUAUUAUUUACAGCGCAGUGCGAGAUCUGACCGUUUGAGUGACUGGGGAAAAAUGUUUAUAUCGGAACAUUGGACACAGAUUACAUACAAAGACAAAAUUAUUUUUCAAAGUUCUAAACCGUAUAUUAUUAGUACUGGAAAUAUUUAGUUUGAUCUCUUACUUACAAAGACUUACAGUGAGUUAUGUCAAAAACUUUAUACUAUCUUCAAACAUAUGCUUUGUCUUUUACUAUUUAUAUAGCUGUCUUUUCCUAAUCUUUUUCCUGCUUUUUUGACAGUCUUUCUAACUUAGAAAGAUUAACUUGCUGUUUAUUAGUGGCGGCUAAUUUUAUUGUAAAAACUUCAUUUGUCCCGAGAUUGGAGUUUUAGUUUAUUAGAAUAAAUAUGAUCAAUAGAGUUUGUUCAUUUCCAUACUUGUGUAAAGAAACAUUCAUAGAUGUUGUAAGUUAUCAAAUUUACCUUGAAGAUGUAAGAAUAAUUUUGCGCAUUUUUAUUGAUUUUUUUUUUUUUUUUUUUACCAAAUUAAGGUUAUUUUUUAUUUUUCGAAAAAUGAAGAUAAUGUAAGUAAUGAUUUUAAGGUUGAUUAAUUCUUCACAGGUGUGAGUUAGAUCAUUAUUUAUAAAUUUUGUUGAUGUAAAACCUUACAUUAAAGACCUCUUAACUGAAAAGGAUUGAUUGAAUAUCAAUAUACAUGUACAUCAGAACAAAAACACAUUUUUGAAGAUUUUAGAAUGUGAUUUUAUUUUUGAGAUGCACAAUGUAAUAGGGUCCGGAGAAAACCUGUUCAGUUUGAAUUAAAUUUACAUUUUGGAGCUAAUGUUUGGCUAAUUUUCUAAUUCAGAAUGUGAUAAAUGAUCAGAAAUACUCGUAACUUUUAUUCUACAUCUAAAGAUCAGAAAUUCUAAUAAUUUUAUCCCUCGCCUGUGAAGGUAAGUCAAAUAAUAAGAUUUAAUAAUGUUUUUGUGCCUUAUCUAAUAUAUGCACAUGUAGCGCUAUUUAUUCACUUUGUCCGAAACGAACUAAUAUGCCUUUUUACUUGAUAAAGACGUCCACUUAUUCUAAUUGCCAUAACUUUGCGUAAUUUCUAAUGCUAAAUAUUUUUUUCUUGUCUUAGGAUCAGUCAAACUUUGGUCACUUUGUUGGUUUGAUGGCUCUUUAUUAUUGAAGAGAGAAAGUUUAAUAAUAAAUGACACCAUUAAACUUUUCAGUUAUAUGUAAAGAUAAAAUGAUUCAAAAGAUGUAUAUAUUUUAUAGCAAUUUUGAAGUUUUAAAUCAGGAUAAGUGUAUGAUUGUCCUCUGGAUACUACAUGUAUUAAUUGUUUUCAAAAUUAAAUUUUUUGUUUAGAAUGUUAAAUCCAGAUUAUCAGUAGAAUGUUAAAUUAACACAGUAACUAUAUUGUGAUAUUUGAAAAAAAUGUUCGAGCAGUGGGCUAGCGGCUUAGGUGUCUGCCUCUCGUCCUAAGGGAACAUUUGUUCAAGUUGAAUUGUUGCCACGCCCAUAUUUCUUAAUGUGACACCUGUAAUAGUUGGUUUCAGGAAGCAAAUUCUAGUUAUAAUAAGCAUCGAAACUUGCUUCACUAUCAAAGCUUACAAAAAUAACGAUUUUUAUAAAAAGAUUAUUUGAUUAAAAACUUUGUGACAAAAUAAAUAAUGUUUAAACCAAAAAUUCUGGAAACAAAGUGAUCCCUCAGAAGCAUUAAUCAACACAAAAUCACAUGAAAAUUGCAGACUCGGUUUGAUCGAGUUUUCUUACUAUGAUACAAGAUUUUAAAAGGUAGUGAUCAAAGUUUGACUGAAAUGGCUACUAUGCACAAAAGUAAUUUUUGAAGUUUUUUAAAUGUUGUAAACCCUUCUCCUAGUAUAGAUGUUGUGCAGACAAAGAGAAAUAUUCUAUUUUUGUACUACAACUGAUAUUUUUUGAAGCCAGACUCAGUUGUUCAAAGAAACCAUAUCAUUCCAGUGAAGUUCUCAUUUCUAUAGACAAAUUUUAGGACAAGAUAAAAUUGUAUACAAGCAUGAGUUUGAUAUAGAUGAUGAAGACUUGAGAAUAUUAUAUUUGUAAAAUGUAUUCCACCAUGCCCUUUUUGACUUCGUUCUUAAAGCUGCAUGCCUCCAGAUGAGCAAAAAAAUAUUUUGAUAAAAUCAAACAUGAGGAAAUGUACUAAGAUUUUAGGAAAAGUAUAAAGAUUCAAAAUUUUAGUGAUAAUUUACAUGUUGUGUGGAAUUAAUGACCGAUUUUUCAGUAUUUAUUACAUUUUUUCUAAUGCAGUUAGGGCUAAUUUUGCAUAUGUUGGCCUCUUUAUGGUAAUUUACAUGGUUGUAAGUGCCAAUGAUAAUGUGUAAAUUGCUUCCUUUUGGUAACUUCGUAAUAUUAUACUGUUAAAUACAUUUUCAAAAUUUUCAUGAAAAUUAGCAUAAAUCUGGAGGUGUGCUGCUUUAAUGUAUUCUUCCCAACUUUCAAACUUGGACAGGUCAAUGAAGCAAAUAAAAGAUAAAUGGUGGAAUGAAGUAAUGACUACUAAGGUUAAGAUAAUCAUGCGAUGUAUACAAGACUUGUGUUAAAAUUUGGCUAUGAAAUCAGUGUUUCUUUUUUCCGUUGAUGCGGAAAAUUUUCAGGAGAAAAGAUAGAUUUUAUUUUUUUUAUUACAGAAAUCAUCAGUCAUGAAAAAUGUUGUUGUUUUUUUAUCUUGUGUGAUUAAUUUCCCUGACACCUUCAGUUGGUGAUAAUGUAACAUUUUUGCAGGUGUGCAAUUUCGAAAAAUACACAAAUUUAUGUUUUGUGAAUGAAAAAAUAAUGAGGAGUGCAUUGAAACUAAGAAAAAGAGUACUCUCCACGUGGAGGUAGUUUAAAACUAUAUGAUACUCUCUAUUUCGGGAGAUUGAAAAAGUAGAAUCUCUGUCAUGAAGAAUGAGAAUGGUUGACAUUCCAUGUCCGUGUUGUUGAAAUUGCCAGUUAUCAACGGUAAUUACAAAACAAAAAUGAACGUAAUUGUGAAGUGGACAUUUCAUUUCAUACUAUGGUAUUUUUUUAUAAACAAAAAAGUCAAUACGUUUUUUGUUUACUUUCAAGUGAUGGCUUUACAAUGUAGUGUUUUCUUGCUUUUUUCGAUUUUGUAGAAAGAACUACAUUUUGGCAGAUGACGCGGAAAAUCAAGGUGUUUUUCGUGAACCUUUGUCAUAGUGUUGUUUCAACACAAGGCCAGAUUAUACCUUGGUUGUUUUUUCUUUAUCAUUGUGAACCCCUAAAACUUUUAUUCUUGCAUUAUUGUACAGUUGUUUUUAGACUAUAACACACUUUCGUUUUUUCUAAAAAUAGAUUUUCUUUAAAUGAUAUUCUGUACAUUUACGCUGUAUAAAUUUUAAUGUGUUUUGAAUUACUGUAGAGAUUUUUAAAAUUGUAAUUUUGAAAAAUUAAAAAAGUACAUAAAAAAUUACACAAUAUGUGUUUUGUCCCAUAGAAAAAAAGAAUUUUUGUUAUAUAACGGAGGGAUAGUUUUGUGUCUGUAUUUUUAGCGUACUCUCAAUGAAUUUUUAAGUUAUUUGUAUGUAAUUGAUUAGAAACAUAUGUUGAAAUGUUCAGUGAAACCCCUGGAGGUAACAAGAGUGAAAGCUUGCAUGAAGGUUGGUAUGAUGUAUUGUUUAACACUGUUUGAUUUUAUGAAAAAUGAGAGCUGGACAUUUUACCAACAGAAUAACCAAGAAAA